AACUGACCACUUGUGGCGCUGAGUACAUACUAAUUCAUCAUCCAAUAGCUUUGCCUAAUUUGUGGGUUAGCAUACAAAACGAAGUCAGGAUCAGGAAAAGUAUUUCAUCAUCCACAGUAUCAAUGUGACCAUGUCUAAAUUAUUCAGCAUCAAACAUCUUGCCUUCCUGUUUCUCUGCCUUACUGCCAAAGUAAAAUUUAAGAUAAUACAUGCCUAUUUGCAAAUUGUAUGAUAUUUGUCGAUUUGUAUUAUGAACUUCGGUACUGACCAUAACUUUGUUAUUUCCUUUUCAUUUUAGGCACAUGGAGACAAGAAGGGUGGGACUCGAGAGAACGGAGUAAAAAUUGACAAGGGGAAUUAUUUGAAGGUUUCAUGGGAAGGUGGAGCAGAUUACUAUACUGCUGCAAAGUUGGAGGACAUCUUUAAGCAAUUCGGCAAGGUUGAAGACAUUGUGAUCAGGACCAAAAAAAUCAAGGAACAGGGGUUCAGCAAUUGUUGUCAUGGCUUCUAAAGAGGAAGCAGGUGGGGGGCAGCCUGUUCUACAAUACGUUGCUGCUGGCGUGAUUGAUUUUGUUGCUGUUCACUGUUUGUGGAAUGUAGAAGUAAAACAGGGUGACAACAAUCAGCCGAUGAGUGAAGUGUGCGAUUGGAACAUUUAUGGAACCAAACUCAAGUUUGAUGGAUGGUUUCUUAACACUGCCGAUCAGGAUGGUGACGGAGGUGAGGAUGGUGCCGGGGGUGAGGAUGGUGCCGGGGGUGAGGAUGGUGCCGGGGGUGAGGAUGGUGCCGGAGGUGAGGAUGGUGCCGGAGGUGAGGAUGAUGCUACAUUUGCAUUGGAGGAUAUCGGUCGUGAAAUUGUGUCAUGUUUACGUGUGGUGCAAUUGUUAGCCAUUCGUGCAAACUUCCGUAUCAGCCAUAUCAACGCAUUGGACUGGAACCAAUAUACAAACAUCUAUAGGGCACUUGAGGGGGAAGUACAAGAGGAAGGAAUGGAUUUGGUACUCACUGGACCAUAUAGGAUGCUAGAGGCUUACUCCACCUUGGGCUUGGAGGUUUUCACAGCCGACGAUGAUGAGGGGUCUUCUACCGGUCGUAUUUUCAAAAGGUGGGAUGUUGCUUGGCCUGAAGAGGUUGAGGAAUUCACACAAACCAUCUAUGGAGGCCUUGGCCGCAAGUUGGAGGUCACAUACUUGGUGAUUCCGGAAGCCAUUGAGACCCAUGUUGAGGUCGAGUUGAACCUCAAAGACCUCGGUUCGAAAAGCCGCGCUGUGUAUGGUAGCGUCAAGUCAAUUGCCAUUGACUAUGGGAGCAAAAGCGUCCAUCUCUUCGAGUUGUGA